CGUCUCUCCGAUCCAUUGCAUCCUCUGUCUUCGCCGACCGACCCAAUCGUGAAGAGCAGAGCUCGGCUUGCUCGCUACUGCCGCGGCGGCGUGAUGAGCGACCACUACGAGACGCUAGGGCUCGGCCGCAACGCCAGCAAGGCCGACAUCAAGGCCGCCUUCUUCCGCCUCGCCCACCGCUACCACCCCGACCACCACGCCGACGCCGCCGCCCGAGCCGAAGCCGACCGCCGCUUCCGCCAGGUCAAAGAAGCCUACGAUGUGCUCUACAACCAACGCCGCCGCGCCGAGUACGAUUCCUCCUUCCGCUCCUCCUCCUCCUGCUCGGGCUCGAGUGGCCACGGGCGCCGUCACGGCGGGAACUCUUCAUCGUCGUCGUCUUCGAGUAAGCACGGCAACCGGCAGGGAGGGGGUACUUCAGGCUCAUCUUCCUCCUCCUCCUCGUCUUCGAAUGACCACGGGAACCGACACAAAGGUGGUGGUGCCUCAGGCUCAGGCUCAUCUUCCUCCUCGUCCUCCUCAAGCGACCAUGGGAACCGGCAGGAAGGUGGCAGUGGCACUUCAGGCUCAAGUUCAUCCUCCUCCUCCUCGUCUUCGAGUGACCAACACAAAGGUGGCACCUCAGGCUCAGGCUCAUCCUCCUCGUCGUCGUCUUCAAGUGGCCACACGAACCGGCAGGGAGGUGGCACCUCCUCCUCCUCAUCGUCUGCGAAUGACCACGGGCACCGUCACGGACACAGCGGCACCACCUCGUCGGGUUCGAGGGGCCCUUUUUGGCCGAGAGGCGGACCUAAAGUCCGUAGUGUGAUCUUCGGCGCAAUUUUAGGUAUUUCUAUGAUCGGAGGAACUGCAAUGGCAAAGGAAAGCUGGGAGCGAAAUCCGGACUGGAUGGAACAAGAAUUGGAAAUGGUGAAGAUAGAGUUCUGGACGAGGAAGAGGCAGUUUGAAAAUAUGAAACGAAAGUGGGAAAAGAACAAUCCCUUGAAACCAUGGAUGGAGUCGAAAGAGAAGGAGAUAAAGUCAGAGUUCGAGAUGAGGAGGCAACAGUGGGAAAAUAUGAAACAAGAAUGGGAAAAGAACUAUCCCUGGGUAAAGAACAAUCCCUGGAAAUCAAGGAUGGAGCCGAGAUAGGAGGAGGAAAAGAAGAACUGGUGGACGGACAUCAUCUUUAGAUCUUGACUUCAGGCAUACAGCUAGUACACUUCAGAGUCUCCAUGUCAGGCGUUCAUGUUAUUUUACUUUUUUGAGGGAACCUGAGGAGAUUUCUUCCUACUAUAUUUUUAUAAAUAUAAACUACUCCCUCUGUUCUUUUUUAUAAGACGUUUGGACAGCUGACAUUGAACUGUUUUGGGCAUUGUCUGAAUUGUCUAAACUUCUUAUAAAAAUGAACAGAGGGAGUAGAAAAAUUAUCUGUGCGUUGCAGUUGCAACGAAGGAUACACUGUUGAAGUGCCAUCAUGGUUGGUUGGUUGUGAAGCGGGACUGCUGUAAAAUAA